AAGUUUCAUAACUGCCAAGAAGUAGAGAAAAGAAGAAGACGCACGCUCUGCAACAAGCUGCGCUGGAUGCAAAUGAUGUAGUGAGGAGCUUUGAAUAAGUGGUUUUCGGCUGUGGAGUGUGUUUAAAAAGCGCCGAGUCGCGUUUCACUUUCCUUUGCAAAACCCACGGAUCGGGAUUCUGGAGCAAACAUGGCGGCUACGGAAAGUGGCGAUGGACACCAACGUCUGGCCACCAAUCAAGUCCCAUCUGCACAAGUCUCUGGCGCGGUAAUUUUCUGCACGUUGUUACGGCUGUGUCCUAUCCAUUACAGCGUUUUUAUAAGAAUAACUCCAGACACAACUGUGAUUUAACCCGCACGGUGGUCAGUUAUCAUGCUGCGGGAACAUAUUUCCACGGUAACGGCUAGCUAACCGUAGCGGGCUAACGAGCAGGCAAACAGCUAGCGUUAGCUUAGCAAACGGACAGCUAGUUGUCUUCUUAUUUUCGGGUCAUUUAAUUUGUAAAUAUAUUUUCACAACAUGGAUGAAUCCAAGGAAACGAGUCGGUCAGAGGCAACAGAGGGGGCAGAUGAAGAGUCCAUGGAGGCUGUUUCAGAGGCAGAAGCAACAGUGGAUGCUGGAGACUCAGAUCUUGUUCGUGGAUCUCCUCCUAGACUGUCUGAACAUGCAGAGGAGGACAACUUUGAUGCUGCUGAGAAAGAGACGGAAAGUAAAGAGUCAGAAGAUAAAGAAACUGAGGCAGCUGUGGACCCUUCUCCUGCACCUGUAUCUCCUCAAAAUCCAUCACCUCCACAGUCAGCCCACUGCACGGACGAGACAUUCAGCACAGUUUUGGUUCACGGGGGUGAGGCGGGCAGCCCCUCGGAGUCUGGAUAUGAGGGAACUGAGGUGAAAACUGAGGAGGAGAUGGAUGAGGAAAAUGUUGUAGUAAAGGACAAGAGCUUACAGGAGGGCGAGGGCACAGAUGUGGACACGACUUCUGAUUGCAAAAAGGAGACAAAAAACACAGACAGUGACUCUAAGGAGGACGCCGGCACACAGCAGGAAGAGGAGUCUCAUGGUCAUAAACUGAGAGUUUCUACAGCUGACGACCUCGAUGAGAUGAUGGACAUUGGUACAGUGGAUCAGGUGGAACAGGAAGCUCAGAUGAAAGCGGAGGAACCGGAGGUGGAGAGCAGCCGUUCACCUACCUCUUCGAAUACAGUCUCAGUGGCAGAGGACACUUACUCUGUCGAGGAGGAAACCGAUGUGAAACCCACUGUACUGCCACCACCUGCAGAGGAGGACCAAGUGGAGGACAUGAAAGUGGCUUUAGAUAUGAUGCAGUCCAGCUCGUCUCCGUCGUCCGAAGCCACGGCCAGCACAGGUGAGAGAAAAGGAAGAGACAGCUCAUCGCCAGCGACCAUGAUGAAUGGAAUGAAAGUGGUUAAGCUAUCAAUACCAAGAUUAGACAAUGAGAGGUUACGAGCAGCAGUUGAGUCAAUCAAGUCGUCUCCUUCGCCACCUUUGGUCAAGGUGAAGGAUGAGCCUGUGGAUGACGAGUACGAACAGGCUCUGAUAUCUUCUACAGCUACAGCAAGCGUGAAGGAUGAGCCUAAUACUGCCAAGGAGGACUUGAGGAUUGGCUCAGUCUUCUCUGUAACUCCGCCUGCUGAAUCGCAGACGCUUCCCGACAUGAACCCGUCGUCUUUGCUCAUGUCCUGUUCCCACUGCAAGAAGAGCCUGAUGAAGGGACAAACGGCUUACCAGAGGAAGGGCUGUCCGGCACUCUUCUGCUCCACCAUCUGCCUCACUACGUCUCUCCCCGCUGUCAAAGGAGUCACUAAGAUCUGCCACAACUGCCAGAAGUUGAUAUUUCGGCCUCAGGACGUCAUCCUGGCUCCAGAUGCUAAAGGAGUCAUGAAGGAAUUCUGCAGCCAGAACUGUUUGACCUCCUUCAACUACAAGAAAAAUGCCUCCAACUACAGGAAAACAGCCACCACCAAAAAACAACCACAACCAGUCGCACCACAAUCUCUGUGCAGCAUGUGCACCAGAUACUGUGUUAGCAAACAUGAGGUGAUCCUCAGUGGUGCUGUCCACAAGAUCUGCAGUGACGCCUGUUUUAACCGUUUCCGUACGGUGAACAACCUGUCGAUGGCCGGCUGCGCGAACUGCGGCUCCUACUGCCACAACAAACCACUGAUGCUGAAGAUGGACGACAGCAGCAAAACUCUGUGCAACACAGAGUGUCUGGCCAAGUACAAAGAGAAAACCAAGAUAACCCACUCUUGUUCGAUGUGUCGAACCACCCGUCUGCUUGCAGAAAUGGUUGACGUCAAAAACAGCGACGACACGGUGAAUCUCUUCUGCAGCAGCAGCUGUGUGAUGGCAUUCAAGGUUCAAACUGUCAGUGCAUCAGGUGCUCGGUUGAACUGUGACAGCUGUGGGAAAAACACUGUGCCGGCCUACCACCUAGCCAUGUCAGAUACCUCCAUCAGGAACUUCUGCAUGCUACCAUGUGUCAUGGCUUUUCAGGAAAAGUUCAAGAAGUCCCAGACGCAGGUGAAUGUUUUCACCAAGUUGCCGAUUGGAUCCACGCAAAUCCAGGCGGUCACUCCCACCCAACCUCAGCAAGACGGCUCCAAAGGAUCGCCAAAACUGAACUGUGCCCAGUGUACCCGCAACAUAACUUUCAAACCCGAGCCCAUCCAGAUCAAGGACAAGAUGGUUUUUGUGUGUAGCGCAGACUGUUCUCACGAGUUCAAGAAGGCCAACUACGUGACGAGCCUGUGUGAAUACUGUAAGAUUGAAAAGAUCACCAGAGACGCCAAGAGAAUUAACAACAAAGACUGCUACUUCUGCAGCGACGGCUGUAAACUCCUCUUCAGACACGACCUGACUAAAAACUGGGGGAAACACUGUCACUCCUGCGUCUACUGCCACUGCGUCUCAAAGAAGCUGGUGACGGCGCAGUACGGAGGCUCGACGGAGGAGUUCUGCUCUGAGGAGUGCAGGUCCAAAUACACCAUGCUCUUCUGCCACGUUGCCAAGUGUGACACCUGCGGACGCAAAGGGAAACUGAAGCAGAGUCUUCCCAUGCUGGGGGAGGUCAAACACUUCUGUGAUCUGACUUGUCUGCUGCAGUUCUGCAGUGAUAAGGUGGCCACACAGGGUGAGGUCUUCAAAGGUACAGGUGAGGCCACGCCCAUCAUCGCCAACGUCAUCUCGCUUGCGGGCCCUGCGAUGGGAAAAUCCAACUCUUCUGACAGAACUACCCAGCAAAGCACAGUCUCUAACUUUCAGUCAAAGAACUCUGGACAUAUGAGUAUUCAGACUGAAACCGUGAAACCUCAUCUUCCCUCUGGCCCAAAAAUCCUGAAGAACAAGGCUCUUCUCUGUCGACCACUGGUGCAGAACAAAGGAGUCUCCUGCAAAACACAGACUGCUGAUGUUGAAGCACAGACAGAUGACGUCUUCCCUAAAAUUAUGGUCCUGCCUGUCCCAGUGCCAGUGUAUGUUCCUGUACCCAUGAACAUGUACAGCCAGUGUACCCCCAACCCUGUGGGCCUGCCACUACCACUGCCUGUGCCAAUGUUCCUCCCUGUGACGAUGGACAGCGCUGAACGCAUCGUUGAAACCAUCCAGGAGAUCAAGGAGAAGAUCCCGUCUGACCCUUUCGAGGCCGAGCUCAUCCUCAUGGCUGAGAUGGUGGCGGAACAAGAUGAGAAGAACGACAAACCGGAGAGAGCGAAGGAGAAAGUGGUGGAGAAGGAGACGGAGAGACACGAAACAGCUGCCCCAGACGAAAACGCCAGUAACUACAGUGACGACUUGGAUACAGACGACUUGGCCAGUUUCCUCAACAACUGGGAGGAUGCCUCCUCUGACGCAGGUCUCAGGUCGCCAAGUCAAUCGUACGCCCAUGAGAAGUUGAACCCGAUUAUAGAUGUUCCCGUGGGCAUGCCCAGUGAGCCUUACUCUGAGCCCCCACCUCCAGCUCAGCCUCCCAUGGACAUCGAAGCUGACUUUACUGUCGAAACUCUGGAGAGGAUGGCCCGGCUGAGAGAUCAGUCCCAGCAACCUCCGAGCCCUCCCCCCGCCGCUCCACGACGACGACAGGCUCCCAGGAAAGCUCGAGAAAAGAGGGGUCGCAAGUCACAGCGUUCGACUAAGGCAGCUGAAACGACAACUCAAAAAGGCUCUUCCAAAAAGCCAGUUACCGUAGAAGUCCCAAAAUUGAAGAGCCAGUAUGGAGUUGAUGCCUGGAAGCGAUGGAUCCAGUGGAGGCAAACUCAGCCCAACCUGGUGAAACCACGCUUCGGCUCUCGUCCCAUGGAGUUAAAGGAGGAUGUCCUUAAAUGCACCACAGCUGAGCUGAGCUACGGCCUCUGCUGCUUCAUCACUGAGGUGAAACGACCUAACGGAGAGCCGUACUCCCCUGACAGCCUGUUCUACCUCUGCCUCGGCAUCCAACAGUACCUGUUUGAGAACGGUCGUGUGGAGAACAUAUUCAUGGAUCGCUUCUACAACAAGUUCUCCACUGAGUUCACCAACAUGUUGAGAGGUUUCAAACCCUCAAUCACAGCCAGUGGUUACAUCCAUUCCCGUGUGGAGGAGGAGUUUCUUUGGGACUGUAAACAGUUGGGGGCGUACUCCCCCAUCGUCCUCCUCAACACUUUGCUCUUUUUCUGCUGCAAGUACUUUGGCUUCACCUCGGUGGAGCAGCACCGCCAGCUGUCCUUCGCCCAUGUUAUGCGCUGCACCAAAACCAACCCGAACAACACCAAGACCACCUUCCUGCGCUUCUACCCGCCCAUAUCCAUAAAUGAAGCAGAGCCAGAUCCAGAGGUUCCAGCCAAGAAGCGUAAGGAGGAGGAGAGUAAAGAGGACAUCCUGGAGAUGAUGGAGAACACUGAAAACCCUCUCCGCUGUCCGGUCAGACUCUAUGAGUUCUACCUCUCCAAGUGCUCAGAGUCAGUCAAGCAGCGCACCAACCUGUUCUACCUUCACCCUGAGCGCUGCUGCGUCCCCAACAGCCCCCUGUGGUUCUCCUCCACCGCUCUGGACGACAGCACCAUGGAGGCCAUGCUCAUCCGCAUCCUCACCGUCAGAGAGCUGCACCUCAGGACGAAGAAGGAUGGAGGGAUUGAGCAGAAGAAACCGGAUGACCCACCAUUUAUACCAGACGAGGAGGAGGAUGAGGAUUCAGAGUGAUGACUAGCAACGAGGACAGAAGAACAGAAGUGACCUUUUCUUGGUGUAGCAGCUUGUGGUGAAAAUGGUUGUAGAAUCACUGAAAUGUUCAUUUAAACACGGCCCAAUAAACCUAAAUGGACAACAUAAAUCUCUCACUUGCAUAACUACAAUGUGCUGAACUGCUAAGAAAGUCAUACUUCCUCAUUUGGGACUUGGAAACUCAGCAUUCAGACUGUUUACUACUGCACAGGACACAUACCUGAACUUCUGUGUGUCUGCUAAAUGGUUGCUUCCAUGUGCUAUGAUUCCUUAAAUUCCUGUGCAUUGGACUGAGGUUGUUGUUUUGUAAGACAAACCGUUCUUCUAGGAGGGAUGGAGAUCUACAAAAAAAAGUUUUGCUAAACGUCCACUCCAGAAAACACACUGAAAACAUCACUCUGAUGUAGAUGUAAAUCACCGUCAUUUUGUGUGGCAAACCUGCAGUAUAGUUUGAUUUUGAGCAGUUUAUCAGUGCAAUUAUUUGUUGUCAGUCUCUCAGUCAAAGAACAAAUGCUUAUUUCCGUUCUCAAUAUGUGUGCCCAGAUGUUAUACCAUGAUUGUUGGGAAGUCAUUCAUGACAAGGAAAUCUGUCAUGACAUGACAAACCCCGCCAACUUGCCAUGGUAAAAUGCAGAAGAUGGAUUUACACACAAAAACCCUGCUAAUUCAUAUCCGUGUUUUUUGGGUAAUCUUACUUUGAAAGGUCUAGUCACUUAAUUGUGAGAUAACAGUGACCUGUGAUUUUUGUUUUUUAUGUUAGAUGAAAGAAUCUUUUAUAUACUUCCUUUUACCUCAUCUAUAGAAGUGGACAAAAUUUGAUCACUAGUGUUCAAUUAAUGGGAUUAAAAAUAUGUUUGUAAUUGUUUUGGAUUCACUUAAGAAAAUUUAAUGUUGACGAAUGUAAUGCACACCUCUUUUUAAUAAGGCAGAAUAUUAUCAUGCCGUUUGGGGAAAAAAUGCACAAUUUUAUCCCUUUUGAUGACCGAACACUACAAUGAUCAGAAAAAGUCAGAGUUAUGACUUAAUUUUGGGCAUGCUAUUUCAUCCAAAGUGUCCUCUUGAGACACUGACUUUUUGCAUAACCACGACCUCGGCAUUAUAUAGAAAUAAAGAAAUGGUCCCUUCACUUAUAUCUUGGUUAUAUUAACCCCCAGUCUGAAGAGUAUGGCUACCAAGGUUCUCUGAGUAUUUUCUAUUGUAUGUUCUUUUUAAAUAAAAACAAACAAAAAACUUAAAAGUACUGUUGUCCAAUGAGACUCAACAGUUGCAGAUGUGUAAGAUA